AUGGCCUUGACUUUCCGCGAGCAGCUAGCUGGCUUUCCAGUGCGUCAGAUGCUUGUUGUGUCGCUAAUUCGUUUUUCCGAGCCGCUUGCGUUCACAUCACUUUUUCCCUAUCUAUACUUCAUGAUUCGUGAUUUUCAAAUCGCUCCAACGGAGCAGGAGAUUUCCAAAUACUCGGGUUAUUUAGCCUCAAGUUUUGCAUUCUGUCAGUUCUUAUGUGCGGUACAGUGGGGAAAAGCGCUGAACAAAGUGGGCAGAAAGCCGAUUUUGCUAUUCGGACUCUUUGGCACCUCGCUUUCCCUUCUCCUAUUUGGGUUCAGCACCAACUACUAUAUGGCACUUGGUGCUAGAAGUUUGGCUGGCUGCCUUAAUGGAAACAUCGCUGUAUUGCGUACUGUAAUAGGAGAGAUUUGUGUGGAGAGAAGACAUCAAGCGUUGGGUUUUAGUACCCUCCCUCUACUCUUCAACUUUGGCUCUGUCAUAGGUCCUCUUGUUGGUGGCUCGUACCUUUUGACAAGACCAAGCCCACGGUCUCCUUAUGAAGACAGCAGCGAAGUGGUUGCGAAGUCUUUGAAGAAUUCGUUUAUUGAAUUUCGUGCUAAACAUCCUUAUGCCCUUUCGAAUGUUGUUGUAUGCUGUUUUCUCUGGUUCAGCUUGAUUAUUGGACUCUUGUUCCUUGAAGAAACGAACGAGGACUUUUGCAAACGCCGUGACAUUGGCCUUGAGAUUGGUGACUCCAUCUUGUACUACCUCUUUGGUCGCAAGAGGCCAUUGAGACCCUGGCAACGUGGGUACCAUGACCCUGAGCAGUUCACGCCUGAGCAGAUUCAGGCAGAAGGCAUUCUUCGUGAGAGAACAGGUGUCGUGGGCGAUGAGACUAGAUCCAUAGACCUGGCAAUCCUGCCUUUUUCGUCUGCUCCACCAUCUGAGAACACGCCAUUGCUCAGAUCUGACGACGAAUCCAGUCUUUCAGACAAUAUUGACAACACUGUUGAAGAGAUUGUUGAGGAAGAUGAGCCUGUGGAGCCUUACCUCUCCCGCAAAACCUCCCGUUCAAUGUCCAACGCAGUCAUCAGACGUUAUUCUCUGGCCCUGGAGUACAUUCCAAAACCCGAGCCCAGUGCACUAACUCCCCAGGUUAUUACCGUGAUCAUAUCCAACUGUAUAAUAUCCUUGCACAGCAUUGCUUAUAAUGAGUUUCUUCCAGUGUUCUUGGCAGGUCGCUUCCAGAAGGACAAACUACAGUUUCCUUUUCGCAUUGAGGGUGGCUUUGGAUUGGACUCAAGCUACAUCGGUAAUCUUUUUUCCUCUACAGGUAUAAUGGGAAUGUUGAUUGUGUUGAUCAUCUUCCCGUGGAUUGACCGACGUCUCGGCACAAUGGAGGGCUUCAGACUUUCCUUACUGUUCUUCCCGAUCGUCUACGCAUCAGUACCAUUGGCCAUUUUCACCCUACACAAGUACAAUCCAGCGUUUCCCAAGUGGUUUACACCAGUUCUACUUUACAGCUUGACUUCUCUUAAAACACUCGCCUCCGCUACAGGUAUGCCUCAGGUUAUGCUUCUCAACCACAGAGCUGCUGCCAAACAGCACAGAGCGUACGUCAAUUCGCUAACCAUGAGUAUGUUGGCAUUGGCCAGGUGUAUUGGACCCAUUGUAUUUGGCUACCUCAUGACGUUAGGCGACAACUGGCAAAUUGGUUGGCUCAACUGGUGGCUCAUGGCGUUAUUGGCUCUUUUUGGCUUAUUUCAGUCCUUCACCAUGAGAGACUACGAAGACUGA